ACGUCUCCGAGCUGCAACAGCCGGAGACUUGCGCAUUGUGUCGGGUGCUAUAAACGAGCUGAACGUGCAAAGAUGGCAGCUCAAGGCGACUUGCUCCGUGCGAAAGUGAAAGACGAACUGAUGACAAGGGACGGCUUUGAUAGAUUCAUCAAAGAGAAGAAGAAAAAGAAGAAGAAGGUCGAUCUGCCGCCGCCAGACGAGGGACGGGAGGCGAAGAAAGUGAAGCUCCAUCACCACCACCAUCACCGUCAUCACAUCCACGCUGAGCACCGGAGCCCCCAGCCUCAUCAGCCGCAGCAAAAACCCAAAAGCCAGAACUUCGGCGCGGACAAGCACGUCCUGCACGUCCACCACCACAACCGCCAGCACAGCCACGGGCUCAGCAACGGCACCAAGAAGAGCUCACAGCCCGCUUUGCCCCCACAGCAGCGCACCGGGGCUCCACAGCCACCUGCGCUCUUCGCUUUGACGCCCCUCAAAGUGGCCGAGACAAGGCCGCAGGAAGUCCGAGAGAAGCCCGGAGAGAGGGAGCUGAAACUGAAGCUGAAGAAGGAAAACUCCGAGGCUAAUGUGAAACACCUGGUGCUGAAGAAGAAAAAGGAGUUGAGGCUUCACAAUGAAAAUGGCAAGUCUCUARCGGUGGAGGAAUAUCUCCUAAAAAAGAAAAAGAAGAGAAAGCAUCGUGAGGACGAUCAAGUUGCUAAGAAGGUCCGACACACGCACACCAAAGCAGUUCAGACUGUGUGCAAAGGGCUUGGAGCUGACCUCAGAACGCUUGUUCGCCCUGAUGUGCCUCUGCCUGCAGCUGGAAAACACGACAACAGCCCUCAUCCCAACAGYGAUGCUGUCGACAGCUCCCCUCCCUAUCUCCACGCUCUCAGCAGGGGCUGUGCCUCCUUCUUGUCCCAUCAGGACCACUACAUCCGCAGCUCCUGCCUUCAGACGGGCACCAGGUACGGACGYUUCAUGCACGAGGAGAGGCAACCCAACGGAGGGGGCGCUGUCCUGCACGCCUAUGCUGACGAGUUGGCCUCCCUCAGUCCGGCUGAGAUGGAGUGCUUUGCCCACGAGUUCCUGGAUUUGACCUUCGCUGAGAAGCCCAAAGGCGCAGCGCUCUAUGCCUUGACGGUGGUGCACAGGGCAGCGUCCUACAUGCCCGACUUCCUGGACUACUUUGCCUUCAAUUUCCCCAACACGCCAGUCAAAAUGGAAAUACUGGGCAAGAAAGACAUUGAGACCACCACGAUUGGCAACUUUCAUGUUCAGAUGACCCUGCCAUGGGGAAACCUCUCCAGCCUGAAGCUCGACUGUCGCUCCCAGAGUGACGACGGUCCAAUCAUGUGGGUACGACCCGGGGAACAAAUGGUACCCACUGCCGAUAUGCCCAAGUCUCCGUUCAAACGGCGCAGAUCCAUGAAUGAGAUCAAAAACCUGCACUACCUUCCAAGAGCCAGCGAGCCCAGAGAGGUUCUGUUUGAGGACCGGACUAAGGCUCACGCUGAUCAUGUCGGUCAAAGUUUUGACUGGCAGAGCACAGCUGCUGUGGGUGUUCUGAAGGCAGUGCACUUUGGAGAAGGAGAGACCCGACCUCGAAUAACCAAAGAUGUGGUAUGCUUCGAUGCUGGGGACUUCAAUGAGGUCGUCCAGAGAUUGCAACUAGAUCUGUAUGAGCCCCCGGUUUCUCAGUGUGUUCAGUGGGUGGACGAUGCCAAGCUGAAUCAGCUGAGGAGGGAAGGCAUUCGCUACAUCCAGACGCAGCUCUGUGACGACGACAUCUACUUCAUCCCGAGGAACGUCAUCCACCAGUUCAAGACGGUGUCUGCGGUGUGCAGCCUCGCCUGGCACAUCCGCUUGAAACAGUACCAUUCAGAGGACUUAAAGGAGACGCAGCAUCCCAAAGAUCUCAGCCCCACCUCGGGCCGGGUCUCCCUGGCCUCUCCCGCCCGGCCCGAUUCCACCGCCACCCCCUGUGCAAGGCAGCAGGGAGACGGCAUCCACGGCGGUGUAGCCAAAACGAAAGAGCCCGAGUUCCAGAGACCAGCAACCCCGUCCAAAGAGUCUCAGCCAGCSCCCCCACAGCCCACCAAGUCUGCACACCUCCCACAUCUUUUUGCACCCACUGCCCUCUGUGAGUGCAUACCCUCAGAGGAGCCCUCCCUGCCAAAGCCUCACAGCCACACUCCAGUAAUCCCAAAAUAACCCCCCACCCCAACUGGCAGACCAUCUUUUUGUCCUUUCAGGCAGAAAGCGUGUAAAGGACAAGUCACCAAUCAGGUAGACUUUCAACCUAAAUUAUGCUUUACAAUUUCAGUUUUCUGUAAAGUUAUUGUUCAUUAAGACUGAGUAAUAUAUAUUCUGUACAGGGUGUAGUUAUUUCAGAUUUGUCUCCACCAUCUUAUUUAAAAAUGUGUCAUUUUUAAACCGACACUAAGUUGCCAUACUUGCUGUACAGGUUUGUUUUUAAAUUGAAAAUGUUUCUUUUUAAAAAGAUACACUUUGGGUACAUACUGAGUGAAUCAAAAGCUUGGUUGUUAAGGAUUUUACAUACUAAGAGUUAAAAAUUUUAUUUUAACCCUCAAAAUGAUGGCAUCAAUCCACAAUAAGCACUUAUAACUUUUAACAYCUUCACAUUCAGAAGUAGUUCUUUAUUUGAUCCUUGUUUUUUGUACCAGAACUUGUCUUGUUGAAGUUGUUUUACAAAUUUAAUUUAUUUUAUUUUUUUACGAUUAAAGCUGAAGUACAGGCUCCA